AUGCAUCGACGUGGGGGUAAACGCAUCCGCAUGGAUGACCCUCCACCAGAAUAUGUGAACCCUAUGACUCCGGCGACGCCUAUGACCGAUUAUGGCGGGCAAUCCGUACACGAGCCCGAUGUGUCUAACAUGAAUUAUUCCGGUUUCCACGCUGGCGCACCGGUGAACUCUACGACGGUGGAUCGCAUGAGAGAAGAACCAGACGAUCCUGAGGAUGAUACGCGAUCGCCUUCACCGGCGCCGACGAAGCGUGUAACUCGGAGUAGGGGUCGCGGUGGCGAUGGCGGGUAUGUCGGUCGGUUAGCAGAGUCCCCGCCGCCACCGCCGCUUCGCCCGCGGCGAGGACGCGGUGGUCGUGGCAGAGGAAGAGGAAGAGGUGGAGCGCCUCCACCACCUGCAUACUCACCCCCUCCUGUGCUUCUUCCCGGUGAUGAUGAAAACAGCUUGUACAAUUUAUUAAGGUUCAACAAGACUGCAAUUAAUCAAGUGGUAGACAUGUGGAUAGAAGAGUAUAAAAGUAUCAAGGAGAGCGCUCUGGUACAACUGAUGCAGUUCUUCAUCAACUCAUCAGGUUGUAGGGGCAAAGUCACUCUGGAUAUGGCACAAAUGGACCAUACCCUUAUUAUUAAGAAAAUGACCCAAGAGUUUGAUGAGGAAAGUGGAGAAUACCCCUUAAUAAUGUCUGGUCAAACCUGGAAGAAAUUUAGGGCAAAUUUUUGUGAGUUCAUACAGACAUUGGUCAAAAUGUGUCAAUACAGUAUCAUCUACGACCAGUACUUAAUGGACAACAUCAUUUCUCUUCUGACUGGUUUGUCUGAUUCCCAAGUCAGAGCUUUCAGACACACUGCAACUUUAGCAGUGAUGAAGUUGAUGACGGCUUUAGUAGAUGUAGCACUGCUCACUAGUGUAAAUUGCGAUAACUGUCUGCGGCAAUAUGAAGCUGAGAGAUUGAAAGCCCGAGACAAGAGAGCUAGUGACAGACUUGAAGUACUCGUCGCAAAAAGACAGGAGCUUGAAGAAAAUAUGGAGGAAAUAAAGAAUAUGCUGUCUUAUAUGUUCAAAUCUGUGUUUGUACACAGAUACAGAGAUACACUGCCUGACAUUAGAGCCAUCACCAUGUCUGAAAUAGGCAUAUGGAUGGAGAAGUUUCCGGCUCAAUUUUUGGAUGACCUCUACCUGAAGUACAUAGGGUGGACUCUGCAUGACAAAGUCGGUGAGGUACGUCUCCGAUGCCUGCAAGCUCUUCACCCACUUUACGAGUGUGAGGAGCUAAAGAGUAAACUUGAGCUGUUCACUAGCAAAUUCAAAGACAGAAUCGUCUCAAUGACGCUGGACAAAGAGACCGAGGUGGCGGUGCACGCAGUCAAGCUGGUCAUAGCGAUACUCAAGAUGCACCCGGAUGUAUUGACUGACAAGGAUUGCGAAAAUGUAUACGAGCUGGUGUACUCUUCGUGGCGGUCUGUCGCCGCGGCUGCGGGCGAAUUCCUAAGAUGGCGAUUGUUCCGUAACGACUCCCCCCCUCCGCCCUCGCGAUCUCGCCGGGGGAAGACGCGUCUUCCCAAUACAAAUUUGCUACGGGACCUCGUACAGUUCUUCAUCGAAUCUGAGUUACACGAGCACGGAGCUUACUUAGUAGACUCGCUGAUCGAGUCGAACCCCAUGAUGAAGGACUGGGAGUGCAUGACGGACCUGCUGCUAGAGGAGGCAGGGCCGGGGGAGGAGGCUCUCGACAACCGGCAGGAGUCCUCGCUCAUCGAGUUGAUGGUGUGCUGCGUGCGCCAGGCCAGCACCGGCGAGCCGCCCGUGGGCCGCGCCCCGGCGAGGAAGCACCACCACACACCGCCUAAGGACGCCAAGUUGGUCGCCGAAGAUCGCGGCAAGAUGACCGCCCACUUCAUGGUGACUAUUCCGGCGCUAUUGGAGAAAUUCAGCGCGGACCCCGAAAAGUUGACCAACCUCCUCUCCAUCCCGCAAUACUUCGACCUGGAAUUGUACACCACGCAGCGCCAAGAGGGAAACCUCCUCCUGCUACUUAACAAGAUCCGAGACAUUGUGUCCAUGCACACGGAGGCGGAAGUGAUAGACACCUGCGGGAAAACCCUCGAAGUCCUGUGCAGCGAACAGUGCGCGGUAUACUCCAGGUGCAACGUGUCCCGGGCGACGGUGACCGACAUGUGUGUGAACCGGUACAAGGAGGCGAUCGACGACUACCGUAGCCUCAUCGAGGGGGGCGAAACCCCGGACGCCGACGAAAUCUUCAACGUGAUCAACUCCCUGCGCAAGGUGUCCAUCAUGUACAUGUGCCACAACCUGAACGACACCAACAUCUGGGACUCGCUGUUCGAGGAUCUGCCCAAGUGCCUCAAGAGUAACGAGACGCAGAUGCCCACGCAGGCGCUGGUGUUCGUGGUGCGCUCGUGCUUCUACUCGCUGCUGUGGUCGCUGCACGAGGCGGAGGAGAGGGGGGUGACGGGAGACGGCAUCGCGGCCUUACGGGAGCGCCUGCUCGCCUACGUCGCCCACUGCAAGAUGAUCGUCGCCGACGGGGUCACGCUGGAGCUCAGGGAGGAGGCGUACGUGAGCCUCUGCGAUCUGUUGAUCUUCUUCGCGGAGCACAUGGCCAGCGGAGAGCCGACGCUCCGGCCUCUCGUGCUGAAAGCGGACCCUGAACUAUGCGACCUGCUGAACGCCGCCGUCCAGGAGUUUGUCUUCUCGCACCAGAAUUACGACGGUCAAGACGAGAGACGCAUCGAGGAGCUGCACAAGCGGCGCAACUUCUUGGCCGGGUACUGCAAGCUCAUCAUAUACAACGUGGCCCCCAUUCGCCGAGCCGUCGACGUGUUCAAGCACUACAUCAAGUGCUACAACGACUACGGCGACAUAAUAAAGGCGACGCUGAGCAAGGCGCGCGAGAUUAACAAGCUGAACUGCGCGCUGUCGAUGGAGCUGGCGAUGCAGGCGCUGUUCACGGAGGUGCGGAACAAGCACGCGGAUCCGGCGCGCAAUCUGCCCGAGCUGCUCGAGCUGCGGGAGCUGGCCAAGCGUUUCGCCAUGAUGUUCGGGCUGGACGCGCUCAAAAACCGCGAGGCGCUAGUGGCGCUGCAUCGCGCGGGCAUCGCAUUCGCGGCGCUCGAGGGCCCGGCGACUGUGCCCGCGCAUCCCCCGCCCAACAUCCUCUUCCUCGACGCGCUGGCCGAGUUCUGCGGCAAGCUGCUGCGCCUCGACAAGCGACAAGUGCUCAAGUUCUUGGACAGCCGCUUCCCGACGCAGUGGGUGGAGGAGUGGGCCCCGCUGCUCUCCUACCGCACGAUGCUCCUGACCGACACGCCCGACGAGCGCCCGCCGCCCGCGAGGCGCCACUACGCCCGGAAGAACAAGGUUCACGCGGAGGAAGACGACGGUGAAGAGAAUGCGGACUCGGACGCAGAGGGAGGAUGA